AUGGAAGUUGGAGCAGUAAAACAAGCAUUUAAUAAUGAAAUAAUAUUACUUAAAAAGAAUUUAAAUCAAGCGAAAAUACAGACUAUCCAUAAGCUGACAAGAAAAGCUAAAACUUUAACAGAAAAGAAAGCUCCAGACACCCUUAUGGAGAAGCUGAAAAGAAAAGCAGAAUCGGCUGUAAAAGAAGUUCUAAUUAUUAAGAAAAUUAAGCCUCGAGACAUAGCAAGAUUUAUAGUGACACACACUGGAAAAUUAAAUGACUACUUAAAUAAACCAACAGUAGACAAUGACAAAGCUUGUGCUAGAUUACUUCUUCAUAAAGCAAUGCAAGAAAAGUACAAACUUAUUAGAGGUAAAUUUUCAAAUAUAUCUAUCAAAGAUUUGUUUAUGUCAAGACAAGAAAGACUUAAGCUGAAAAAAGAGGCAAAAGAAAAGCAGAAAAAUAAAAAGAAGGGCAAAAAAUCGGAAGCUGUUAAUGUUGAAGGUGAAUGGGAUGUUGAAAUGACCGAUACUAGUAAGGAAAAGGUUGCACCAGAUGAUACCGUGCUUGAAGAACCUAAUGACGUGUCUGAUAAUGAUUUAUCUGAUGAUGGUGGUGAUGAUAACAUUAAUAAUGAUAUUAUUAGUGAUGAUGAUGUCAAUGAUGAUAAUGAAAGUAAUGAAUCAAUUGAUGAUGAAAUGACUGUUGAAAAUAGUAAAAAUGUUUCUAUAGAUAAUGAUAAAUGUCAGGGUAGUGAAAGUGAUGAUGAACCACAGUGUUUAAUGAAACCUACCAAAGCAAGUACAGGUACGACAAAACAAUCAGUCAAAUCUAGUAAAAUUAAACUAAAUAUUCCUAAACAGAAAAACAUAAGUGUAAAGGAAGAAAAAUCAUUAAAAGCUGAACUUAAGAAGACUGAAAAGAAACACAAGGAGAACAAAAAUAAGAACUUAAAUGAGAAAUUACAAAAACGUAAAUUUAAUAAGGAAAGUGAUGAUGUUCCAGAAAAAGUUAGCAAAAUUGUUGAUCCAUUUUUCAUAACGUCUUCUGGGGAAAACUAUAUGUCACUUGUGGAACCAAGACAGCCUGAUGAAGUAAAGGAAGUACAUAAAGAAGGUAACCGAAGGCAUAGAAGAGCCGUCAUGUUUGGUCAUGAACCAAAAAUAAAACCCAAAAGACAUUUCGAACCUAAAAAUAACUUUAAUAAGCAGAAUAAUUAUACAAACAAUAACAAUGACUUCAAUGAACAAAAUAAAUUUACAAAUAAUAAUAAAAUUAAAUUUAAUAGUCAAAAUAGUUUCAAAAAGGAGGUUAAAGUGCAGGAGUCUGUGCCAGAAAAAUUGCAUCCAUCGUGGGAGGCAAAGAAAAAACAGUCGGGAAUUGUACCUUUUAAGGGUAAAAAAAUUGUUUUCGAUGAAAGU